UCUCUCUAAAACCCAAAAACGGCCCACACAUCCUUAUCAAGCAAAAACCGCAGUCUUUUCGUCCUCCUCGCUAAUCUCGCCUUCGCCUACUCAGUCUCAGCCGGCAAUUCUUCAAGGCGGAGAAGGCGCAACUCAGCCGGCUCGUCCCCUGCUUCAGUCAAUCACGUCGCUCUCCCUGUCUCUGGUCGAACCAUCGCCUAUCGGUCCCUGAGCGCCUCUACGGCUCUACUUGCGGAUUCGCUGCCUCGCUAGCUGCUAGGUCCCAUCUAGGAGUUGUAGUCUUCUCCAGUUCUUCUCUUCGCUAGUCCGCCUCUUCAGAUUUGAGGCCUAGUUAAUUAAAUCAGGUAUGUGAAUUAUAUGAAGUUCAAUACAUGAAAGUUUUAUUCCGUAACAUGAUAUAAAAAGUCAAAAUUCAUUGAAAAGGAUUCACGUUUAAAAAGGGUGUAGAUACGAAUACAUGUAUAAUGUGGUAUCUUUAUGAAAAACUUUUGGACAAAAUAUGUGGACCAAUUGCACACACAUUCUAUAACAAAUCUCAUUACUACAUCAGAAAAACUUGUAAUAGCAUAAGUUCAUGGCAAAAAAGAAAUAGUAAUUACAUUCAAGAAUCAAGACUUAAGUCAGCAUAAUGAUAGAAUAAGAUCUAAGUUAAUCUAAUCAUCUCCAUCGCAUAACACCCAUGUUAUACUCAUCAUCUUCAAUUCAUCUUCUUCCGGGAUAUGAAAAAAUUUAGAGAAGUUUAGAAAAACCUUAAUUUAGAACCUAUCAAGAUUCUAAAUUUUAGUCUUUUAUGACUUUAGAUUUAGUUUCCAUGCAUUUACUUUUAAUAUUUAAUAAUUGAAUAUUUUGUAUUGUGAUUUGUGACAAUAAAAAUAACAGUGUCACGGGGAUGAGAUUUUUCUUUUUUUGAAUUUAAUUUUGUAUUGCAUCUCCUGUUCAUUAAUUUCAUUCAAUUGACCAUCAUCAUCAUCAUUACACCAGUGCCGCAAAGGCUAACACCUACGGUGAGGUAAGGGGGUCAGAUGUACAUAGUCAUACCCCUGCAUAAAAGCAUAAAAGCACAUGGAGACUGUUUCCGUAUGACCCAUAGUGAAAAUCGCGUCAAAAAUUGCAUGGACCGACUGUUACUUCAUUCAAUUGACCAAUGCAUUAAAUUUUUUUCAUUUUUUUUUGUCAAGUAUGAUGGAAUAAAGCAAAAUGGCUCACUAAACUGUCUGUGCUUCUUUGUUAUGAAGCAGCGGUCAGUCCAUGCAAUUUUGGACCCAAUUUUCACUAUAUGUCAUCCGGAAACAGUCUCUCUGUGCUUUAGUACAGGGGUAAGACUGCUUACAUCCGACCCCCCUACCCCACCAUAGGUGGGAGCCUUUGCGGCACUGAGGUAAAUGAUGAUGAUGAACCUCAAAGUAGGGGUAGGAAAAGUUUCUUCUUUUAAUUAAAAACAGUACUUGUUUGAAACAUGUAUAAUUGGUAUAAACUAAAUAUGAAUAUAUGAUGUGAGAUAGGUUUUAUAUUUUCUAAGUUUGUUAUACUUUUUCAGCUCUUUGUUUUAAUUUUUUGGAAUUUCAAAAGAGAAGUACUAUAUUUUUAUUCCCUAAAUAAGAGUAUUGUGUCUUCACUACCUAAAAGAAGUAAUUACUUGCAUUAGGAGGCUUUUAGCAUGAAAAUCUUUUCCAAACUUAAUCAUUUCUAUUUAAAUAAUAAAAAAAUACUCAUAUUUUGAAAUUCUCUAACAUUUUUACUCCUAUUUAGUACAAUUUUUUUUUUAUACUUUCACUCUCUCAAGCUUUCAGCUUUAUGCCUUUAUAUAGUUAUAAUUCAUAUAACUAUAUUUGCUUCGUCACUUGGGCUGCUACCGGCUUGCGUGGAUAGCAGUCAUAGCACAGUGGCCAUUUUUAACAUUUAUCAUUAAAUUGAUUUAUGAUUUGUAUGUUUUGACUUUUGACUUGUCACAUGCUAGGUAGUUUACUCGCUACUCGGUAGCUACUCGGUCAAGGGCCGAGUAGCGAGUAUGACCGAUUACUCGGGAUUACUCAGUGAUUACUCGGCCUAGUAUUAAUUAAAUAUAAAAAAUAUAUUUAAAUAUAGUAGUCUUAAUAUAGUAAUAAAAUUGCCUUUAAAUUGUCUUAAAAUGUUUAGAAGUGAAUAAAAGGAUAGAAAUUGUCUUAAAAUGCAUAUAAUACGUAUACAAUACCAGAAUACAACUUCAAGAAGCACGAGCAUUGGAAGAAAAGACAAAUAUUUUCUGUAGUUUUUUGGCACCUAUUCUUAUUCCAAUUGAAGAACUUCAAAGUGGCACCUACGGAACAACUAGUCCUCAAAGGUAGUUCCCUAAAUGAAAAUUGCAGCUCACCCAAAACCAAACAUGAUGCUUUUUUGCUAAGCUAUAUUUUUCACCUUUUCAAUUAAGAGAUUUUAUUUCAGUAUUCAGCAACUCAGUUCUCAGGGGUACAUUCAAUACAUUCACUUUAGUUGGCCAAAGACUUGAAAAUGUACAAUGAAAACACCGGUUUAAGAAGCACAAGCAAACGAAGAACAAUCCAAAAUUCUCAGAGUUUAUUACAGUAUACAGAGAAGAAUAUAAUAGGAAACAUGAGGGAGAAUAAGAAACAACACAGAGGAUAAUCUCAAUUUAAUUUUUUUCCAAGCAGAGGUAGUGUUUUUUUUACAUACCGAGUACUCCCGAGUAAAUCGCCUUUUUGACCCACUGAUCGAGUUGGCUAACUCGCCGAGUACUCGGUGAGUAACUCGGAAUAAUAACUCGGGCCGAGUAAUGUGCUACUCUGCAAGGUCAUAGGCCGAGUAGGGAGUACUCACUGAGUACUCGCUGAGUACUCGCCGAGUAAAUAACCCAGGUCACAUGUCAUUUGUGAGUAUCAUUUAUGUUAGGGAUUAAGACAAGAAUAAUACUCUCUCCGUCCCAAAUUAUAAGGCACUUUACGAUUUACGAUGUUUGACCGACGAUAAACCAAAUUUAUCUCUGCCAACACUCAAAUUAGUUUUAGAAAAUAAAAUUUACAUAUUCAGAAAGUACAUUAAAGCUUCUACAAAAGAUAAUUCAUAUUUCAUAAAAAUUUGAUAUAUAAAGUAAGAGAUUAACGGUGAUUUCUGUUGACCAAGUGAGUAAGAAAGGUAUCUUAUAAAAUGGGAUUGAGGGAGUACUAAAAAUUGGCUCAUGGACAAGAAAGAGACUUUUUGUUUAAAUUUCCAAAAAAAGAGACUUAAAGGAGUAAGAGGACCAUUAUGCCCUCCACACUUGACCCGUUACUACAGUGACUAACGCUACAAUGACAAGUGCCACAGUGACCAACGUCAUAGUGACAUGCAUGUUUGUUCGUCCCCGUGAACAAUGCCCGUCUGUCUGGUGACCAACGCCCAGUUGUCUGGUGACCAACGUUUGCCCAACCAAUGACCAACAUAUACCCGUCCAUACCAACGUCCGCUUGUCCACUCAUCAAUCUUUCGCUCAUCCAGGACUUGACUCGCCUAGUGACCUAACCCAACCAGAUACAGUUUCCUGACUCAACCAGUUACUGUUACCCGAUUUGUCCAGUUACAGUUCCCCGAUCUGACCAAUUACAAUUACUGGACCCGAUCAACAAUAAAUCUAUAAUUACCAGAUCUAACCUGAUUUUGAUACUGACAUUGCUGCUCAUCACCAGUCCCACCAGAGACCCCCACUGUUGUUGAUUACCACCUCCGCCGCCUGUGACCACCCAUCAUCUGCACCUCUGUGGUGGCCAGCCUCCCCGACUUUGCACAUUGUCACUGCCCCAUCACUCUUCAUCCCCGCACCAUCGCCCCUACCCCCACACUGUAACUACACACGCCUCAGAAACUGUCACCUCCAGCAGUGACGCCGCCGUCCACACCUCAUCCCACAGAUCAUAUCCCCUGCCCCGUCAUUGCCUAAAAUGCCCCCACCAGCACCCAUUGAUGCCCACUAUGGCCCCACAGCUUUCCCACACAAGGUUGUCAAGAUCGUGCGAUCUUCUUUGUUGUGGGUACAUGGUCGAGUUAGAUCGCAGUUUGGAUCGGAAAUUGCAAUUAGAUCGUCGGAUCAACGAGCUAACUUGUUAGGUCGCGGAAUUUUCGAUAUCCUUCGAUCUGUGUCGUUCAUGUUUGUAGGGAAGGAAUAUGAUUCUCAUGGUCGGAAUUCCGGAACGACACUCAUGUCGGAAAAUACACAUAUUCCGGACCAGUUAACUUGCAAAAAUCAUUUGACGACCUUCCUGGUUGAAUUUUGGCUGAAAUUUGGUAUGGAUGAACUAGACUUGAUGAGGAACAUACACAAAAAAUUUUAGCAAAAAAUACCACCGGGAAGGCCCCCAAAAGGAGGAGGCCGGACAGCACUCCGGUCUGGAAAUUCCUGACCGGAAGAUUACUCUAUACACACACACACACACACACACACACACACACACACAUACAUAUAUACUUUGUAUAAAAGUGCACAAUUUUCAAUAAUUUAUUUAUUUGACUUCUUGAUUGAAUUUUAAACUGAAAUUUGGUAGACAUAGUCUACCCUUUAUUGAGAACAAGCUGACAAAGUUUUUUUAAAAAAAUUGACCCGGAAGCACCUCAAAUGAAAGAGGCAUAAUACUUGUAAGUUUCAGGCCUACCGUAGGAGAACACUCUCUUAUAUGGCUAUAUAUAUUUGUAUAUACACAAUUACACAUAUAUAUGUAUACACACACAUAUGCAUGUUGGGCUGUACGCUUCGGCCCACUGAGAUCUGGGAACCGAAUAAACAAAGAGCAGCUGCCUGCUUUAAUAAAAUGUGCAGGCAGCCCUAGUUGGCCCUGUUUCUUUGGUGGCAGUCAGGCCCAGAACUUAAUUGUUUACCAUAAUUGUUUGCCUAUAUAUCUUGACUCCUGUACUUGUAAACUAGGACUUGUAUCAUUCAUCAUCUCAAUAAGAAAAAAAAACCUAGUUGCCCCCGUGAAUUAGGUCAGUAACAUUUGUUACUUACAGGCUGAACCACGUUAAAUUCGUGUGCCGUUCUUCUCGUUCUUUUCCAGUCUUUCAGAUUUGCGUGGGUGCACCCUAACCCUAACAAUUCAAUAUAGUUUUGUUUCGAGGAUCUUACCAUUCGAGUUACAAAUUUACGAUCUCCUAAACCCUCUCCCAUCCGAGCUAGGAUCUCAAUUUUAACAACCUUGCUCCCAUGGCCACACCAACCGCAUCACUGCCCCCAGAUCUAACCAUAGCUGCCGCAAUGGAUCUAGAUCGUCGCCCAUGGUCGUCGCUGAAUAUUUUGCCCGUCGCCACUCUGAUUUGGUCACUACUGCAUCGAGGACAACAACAACUGUCAUCACCUCUCCAUGCCUGAAAAUGAAGAACACUGAUGGCAACAGCUAGAAAACGACGAGUGCGAUGGCGAUGUCCACCGACGACGAGGCAGACAACAAUGAUGAUGUUACUAAGUUGGUGAGGUCGACGACAAUGUUCGAUUGAACCGCCGGUGAGGAAAAGCAAAUCAGCGAUGCAGACGGUCAUGGGAGAAGCAAAUCAGCGAUGCAGACGGUCCUCAAGAAGCAAAUCUGUGAUGCGGUGUCUAAGGAGGAGCUUCAGCGAUGGAGGCUGUCCAAAGAGCUUUAGCAAUGAACUGUACGAAUAGCUUUAGCGGUGCAGCAAAGAUGCACAGUGAGGGUUUUAGUUAGUAUUUUUAUAUGGGGGCAUUUUGGUCCUUCCAGGUUUAUUUGGUAUCUUUUAUGUCCACACGAAAAUUAGGUACCAUUAUUGUCAAUUCCAAAGCCAGUAGUAUUAUUUUUGUCAUUAUUCCUUAUAUUACCAUCAAUUAAAUUGUGAUUUGUUAUUAUUAUUCUAAUUAUUUAAUAUUUAUUUCAUAUUCUCAUUAGUUGUUAGUAUUAAAGAAAAUUGUAACUUUGUCGUCUUUUUUAUACUGCGUAUUUGAUUGCGACGAAAACUCUUUUUGUCUCUCACUUUUUGGUUAUACCUAUUACGUUUUGCCCCCGCCAGAUGGUUAUACUGGAUCUGCCCCGAAGAGAGCAAAAUGUAAUUGCGGGAGAGACAGUUUAAACUUCAAUAGAAUCGAAGAAGGUUUUCCAAUCAAAAUGCCGCCAUCCCUGCAAUCCUUGCCGGAUGAACUCAAAAUUGAAAUCCUGAUGAGAUUACCAGCAAAAUCUCUGAUUUGUCUAAGUGGUGUUAGUAAACCAUGGCUUUCUUUCCUCGGCGGUUCUGAAUUCAUCUCUGCACACCUGUAUGGAGGAGCUACCAAACAGUUCUUCUUUGCAACUACAACCAAUAACAACCGUUGUUUCGCUCUAAUCAAAGAUGAUGACAAAGUUAAUGGUGAUGUCAUGGUACAAUUUGGACCAUUCAUCAAACCUGAUCAGCGAUUCCAAAAUAGGUUUUCAAUAUCUUUACAUCAUUGUGCUGUGAAGGGGAUCAAAAUUGUGGGCAGCUUUGAUGGAUUGCUUUGCUUAACCUUUACUCAUCCAGAUUCUCACCCAUCAAUUAUAUUAUGGAACCCUUGUAUUCGAAGACAUGUGUUGUUACCACCUCCCUCCAAUCACAUUCCAAAGAAAGGUGGUAAUGCAAUUGGAUUUUGUGUUGCCAGUGACGGCGAUUAUAAGAUUGUGUGGAUCCAUGAAAAGCAUGAGGAUAAUGUUAUGUCUGUUGAAAUCUACUCUCUCAAUUCGGGAAAAUGGAGGAUUAGACGAUUCGGUAAUGAUUUGUUUUCCACGAGGAGGUUGCUUAGUGGUCAAGCUUUUGUAGGAGGUAAGAUGCAUUGGCUUGGAUGUCAAUAUGAUGAUACUCGUGAUAUUUGUUCAAUCACUUCAUUUCACAUAGACGGAGAGGUAUUCAGAGACGUACCAUUCCCAAAUAGAUUAAAAGGUAUUAACGCGCAUGCAAGACUAUCUAUUGCUGUGGUUGGGGAGUCACUGGGUUUGAUAGAUUCUCACCCAUUUUUUUGUAACAUUUGGGUGAUGCAAGAUUAUGGAAAUGUCGACUCCUGGACCAUGUUAUAUGACAUUGGUAUUCAAGAUUGUGUGAAAAGGUUACCCUUAGUAGAUGCAUUAAACUUUUGGAAGAAUCCAGGAGUUUCUGCCGGCGCACAUCAAUUGUUGUCAUUCAUGGAUCAUGAGCCUUUUGUGGUGUACGGCCAGUACGGGGAAUAUGGGAGACCCUAUAUGCUACACCCGGUUGUAUGUACAUCCGUGGUCCAAUUAACAUAAAAGCCCAUUAAGAGAUCUAGCCCAUAACACACCUGGCCCCAAUUUUUACCGGGUAAUAUCGAUAACCGAAAAACAGAGCCUGCGAUUUAAACAUAUCAAAAAACGGAAAAGUAACUUCUCUCGAACUACCUUCUGAAAUUUCUUUGAAAACGACGCAAGCAUUCAUACACGCCGUAUUAAAGCUCGAAAAACGAUGACAGCCUCCAGACAAUUGUCAACUUCGCGGAGUUGUUCGUAGAGUUGCAGAGCAACGACAAGUUAAGAACAGAGGAAGAGUUUGAGCAGCAAGUUGUUUCUGUUUGAGCAUUGAAGCGAGUGAUGGACCUACUAUCCGAGUAUGAGAUGAUGAAGAACGCAGAUAAGCAUGAAACUCCAGAAGGAUCAGAGAGGAUAUUAUGAAAGAGUUUGCUGCAGCAGCGAAGAAUUUGGCAGAAAGCAUGGCCAAUUUUGAUGAAAAAUUUCAACAGGCUGCAAAGGUGUUACCUGAUGAUGAGACAAUGAAGAUUUUAAUGGGAAAAGUCCAUGGGCUUUUCAACACAUAUUCAUCAGAAAAGGAGAAAGAAAAAGAAAAUGAAACCGAAGUGUCACUGACUCCAGAUGAUGGAUUCUGGACUGAAGAAGUGCUCAAAGCAGUUGAAGCUAUUGAAAUGGCUCAGAAGAAAAGAGUUGAGAGGCCAACUUUUACUCAGUAUGAAAAGCCAAGCUUCAAGUUGCUUUCACAGGAGUCAAAUGAUGGGGCGAAUACAUAUGGGGAUGAUGAUGAGCAUCAUCAUGACAUAAUUGAGCAACAUGGCAAUGCAAUUGAGCAUGCAGAGGAUGGUCCAAGUGAGCAAAUGAAUAAGGAUAAUGACAAUGCUGAGGAUGUUAAUGAGGAUGAAGAGGAAUCUGAAAAGGAAGAAUGUGAAGAAGAAAGAGACAGAAGGUUUAGAAAGGGUAAGCAAGUUGAACAAUAUCACAUUGAACCAAAAGAGAACAAAGUGGAAAGAGAAAAAAGAGAAACAGCCCCAGCACCUGCUGUGAAGUCCCCAUUCAUGAACAGAAGUAUAGAUGCAAGGACAACACUUGGCAGUGAGGAAAGACUACUUGCAGGUUUUGUGUUCAAUGAUCAUUGUGACAAGAAUGUUGUGGUGUUCAAGCAUUACAACUUCACUCUUUCAAAAGCUCAGAUGGAAACAAUGAAGAGCAACACAAAAGUUGAUGCUGGAAUUAUAGAUAUAUGGGCAAUGUUGCUUAAUCAUAAUGAAAAGUUCAAAAGCCCUGAAGCUAAAAGCAGAAUGAUUUUCUCAACAAGACCAUGUCAUGUGCUAGAUCAAAAUCAUCUCACCGCUCCACAAACAAGGAACAAAAGGUUUGCGGCAGAAAUUGGCAAGGAAUUUCCCUGUGCAGAUGGAAAUAAGUUGAGGUCAACAGACCUAUUCAUAUUCCCAGAUGAAUACAAUGGGUGCUACUAUAUGAUGUGCUUUGACUUGAAGAGCAUGAAGUUCUACAUCAUUGAUAGUAGCGACGGAGAUAUAGCUCCUGCAGUCAAGUACUUGUUUCAAAUGUCAUACCUGAGAAGUGGAUUUGUGAAAUUUCUUCGAGAUCAAAAACACCCAAAGGCAGAUAAGGUUGUGAAGCUGAAGGAAGAAGUGGUUAAAAUGCAUUGGAGAAACAAGAAAAACAAAACCAAUGAGGGAGUUUAUUUGAUGAGGCACAUGGAGACAUUUUAUGGUGACACAGCAUGGGAGUGUGGAUUAGAUAAACAAAGUGAAAAACCAAUUGAGAUGCUGCGGAUUAAGUACUUGCAUGCAAUAGUAACAUCUGAUAAGAAUGAGAUCAAGAAGAACAUCAUGGAACAAGUGAAGAAACACAAUGUGUAUAUCUAGAAGAUUUGUAAUGCUAUUGAUGAUUGUGGGCGUUGAUGAACAUAUUGUUGUUUUUUAAUUCAUGCUAAACAAUAUUAGUAUUUGGGACAUAUGAUAUUACUAUUAAGCUUGGAUGACAGUAGUCAUGUUAGUAAUAUUAAAUAAGGACAUAUGCUUAUGGGAAGUUCAUAUUAUUGAUCAUUAU